GCAACAUCGUCGUUGGUCUGCGAGCUUCCCAUCACUCCAGACCGUUCCUUGCUUCCAGUUCAUUCCCGUCCGCUAUUCCUCCUACAUCCUCCAUCCAUAUCAGCUCCCAGGUUGUCGAAUACCGAACCAUACUCAGCUCGGACGACACACUACGAGUGGUCUGACCCCGCCAUUGACGCGCCUGCCGGAGAUCCUCCACCGCUCCAAGUAGCUGCGAUCUUCGACUUUCCCAGACCUGAACACAACCACCCUACAGCAACAGAGCCGCAGCGAUGCCCUGCCCGAUAAGCAUCACCAAGUUUGUGGGGACUAUCUCCCUCGGUCUCUUGACGGGGACAUCCUACACUCUCCAAUCCAUAACUCUACCCUCCCUUGCACUUCUCCCCUCCGCAUCUCUGGCGGCACGCACUCUUGCCACAAUCCAGACCCAGUCAACACGGCAGAUCCUCACUUUGGCGUCCAUCUCCUCGUUGUCUCUGAUUACUGCAUACACCCUCGCAAGCCCACGAGGCCGUCAUCCGUACCUCCUCUGGACUGCCCUUGUGAGCUUCAUUGGGGGACAAGGCGUCGAGUAUUGGUUUAACGGCUUCUCACGCUUCCCAUCAUGGGCCAUCAGCUCUCGAUCAAGUGGACACGGACAGAGCGGACAUGUGAAGGCCUCGAGAGUCGCAACCCCCUCAGCGAGUGACGAGAGCGGAUAUAUCGAAGUGGAAUCAGAUAGCAGUGAAGAGCAUCAGGUGAACGGCGAAAAGGUCGAGAUGGAGAUGAUCCGGGAACGCAAGGUGCAGAAGGUCCGAAGUUGGAUUGCCGGAAUUGGGUUUGCAAUGGGCGUUGUGGGUAUCUGGGGUGACGGGGCUUGAAUCCCUACUCAAGAGCACGUGGAGAGGUACGUGCGGACUGCUCGCAUGAUGUGAACGGAGACGUGGAAUCCGGGUUUACGAGCUGUACAAUGAGCGUGCAGAUGGUGCCUUGGACGUUUCUGGCUCAGCUUCUGAAGACGAGGUGCGGUUAGCAGGAAGAACAACACGAUGGAAUAUGCUCUGCAACAUUACCGGUGGCGGCGGGUACCAUUGAUGGAAGAAAAAUGGUACUUUAUUCAGCAACACAAAAUACACAGCAGCGGGGCUUCUAGCCUCACCUACCUUCGACCUUAUACCGGCAUACCUUACUCGACUCGAUCAAAGAACCCCCUCUUUUUGCAACAUGUGUCCGAUAUCAGAAUGCUUGUUGAGAAGAGGAAUUUCCCACUCCAAAACACCAUGGCCUUCCGACGAGGAUCAUCUGCGCACUGGCUGGCUUGCAUGGCUCUCGCGGCGUUAAUAAAGGCUAGAUCAACUGUUCUAUGUACCCCUAGGAAGCUCUUAUGAUGCCGACACGAGAAAAGUUCAAAUCCUCC